AGCGCCGGAGGAGCAGGUGUUUGCGCGUCCGUGAUACGUGGUUUCUCUCACUGCCAUGGAACGCAUUCUCGGACAGAGGUGACACUCGCCAUCUUUCUUCUGAGCUUCUUGUUCCCACCCAUGCCAGCCUCUGUCCAUAUACAUGCUGUCCUCUCGGCCUUCCGUCUCCCUAAUUUUACCAUCCCCCCAUUCUUCUCUGGACUGUCGCCAUGGCCAUCGACCCUGUCACACGUGACCCGCUGUCCCUCGCUAUUGCACCUCCAAGGGACGAAUCUCCGUCUAGUCGCUGGCAACGUGAACAAGCUGAAGCACAUGCACGAAGAGUCAGCUCGCAAAUUGACGAUGCCAUCAAGGCGGAGAAGAUGGCUAUGAAGAAGGGAAAGAAGCCUAUUCGGGUGCUAUUGUUGGGACAGAGUGAGAGCGGGAAGACGACGACCAUCAAGAACUUUCAGAUGACCUACGCAUACGAUGCGUUUGUUGAAGAACGAGCUGCCUGGAAGACGAUCAUACACUUGAACUUGAUACGCUCUGUUAUUACAAUUCUCGACACCCUGCAACAGCACCUUGGCCAUCCUCCUUUGUCUUCUCCAGGUGGCCCUCGAUCACGGUCUACUUCACCAUUUUACUUUGGUUCUGAUUCAAGCUUGGAAUCGUCGCCAGCCAUUCCUGCUUUUACGACUGAACUUAACUUGUAUCUCGAGCGUCUAGCUCCUUUGCGCGAGCUUCAGCGAGUCCUUGAGCGGCGGUUAGGUGCACCCUCAACAAAUUUCACGCGUCCCUCCUCCGUUUCACAGUUGGAGGUAGAACGUGGACGAGACCCUAACCCAAGGCGGCCACGCGAAUUCUUCGUCAACAGUCGCGUUGGAUGGAGGGCUGCCUUAGAUCGGGUGAGACCAAGGCAAAAAGGAUCAGAGUCUUACCGACAGAGCACUACUUCCAGUAGAAAGCGCACGCGUGCAUCGACUUCAUCUGAUGACAGCACCUUCAGUAUUUCAACUAUCGAGUUUGCAGACGUAGAGGAUGAUACGACCGCUGUUCUUUCAUUAUUGUCCAAGGAUAUUCAAGCUGUUUGGACUGAUCCCAUUGUACAAGCCGUCCUAAAACGGCGAAAAUUGCGAUUGGAGGAGGGUCCUGGAUUCUUCUUGAAUGAUGCUCUCCGUGUAUCAUCUCCGGAUUAUGUGCCCACGGACGAUGAUGUCGUCCGUGCUCGACUGCGAACCAUGGGCGUGCAGGAGUAUCGGUUCUUCCCCGACCGCGCUAAUAAAGCAAAGGACGAAGUUAGUCCCUCUAGGGAGAGGGCGGAGAAGGAGUUGAAUGAUCCAAACUCUGGGAAAGAGUGGAUACUAUAUGAUGUCGGCGGCUGUCGUUCUUCACGUCACGUAUGGCCGCCCUUCUUUGAUAACAUUAACGCUAUUAUUUUCCUCGCUCCUAUCAAUUGUUUCGACGAGCGUCUCGCUGAGGACAAGAACGUGAACCGACUCGAGGAUAGUCUCCUACUCUGGAAAGCUGUCUGUCAAAAUAAGGUGCUGAGAAAGGUCCAAUUGAUCUUGUUCCUGAAUAAGUGUGAUCUGCUGCAGAAGAAGAUUAUGCGUGGCGUCAAGGUUGCCGAUUAUGUAGCUACUUAUGGAGACAAACCCAAUGACGCAAAGACGGUUGCCAAGUUCUUUCGCCAGCAAUUCCGCGACCUUCUCUUUAAGCACUCACCUGAACAACGAGGGUUCUAUUCCUAUUUGACUUCUGCCAUCGAUACCAAGGCAACAUCGAUAACGAUCUCAGCAGUGCGGGAGGGUAUUCAGCGCAACCAUCUAAAGGAAGCUGAGAUUGUCUGAGGCUGUGAACGGGUCUUGCAGAACAUGCUCUUUGGCUAAUAUAUGGUCUCAUUUUCUCAUCUUCGGAGUCUACAAUGUACGCUUCUAUCUACCUUUAUUGUGCAUACUGUAUAGCCUAUAAUGGUUAUUCCUAAUCGACUUUGAAUAAGGGCGACAUGAGUGUUCCUCCACGAAGGGAAGACAUUGAAUGUCGCCGAUUCAAUC